AUGAGCGGGGCUUCUUGUCGCCGGGGCAGGCACACAAGGUAUGUAGGUUCUCUUUCACCCUCAAGAUGCAUGAACAAUGCUAACUCCGGACCUCAGCUGUUGGCUACCGAGCUAAAGACCACACCAGAGCUAGUGGCCGAGUCACUUGAGCAAGCUCAGUUGACACUCCGCCCUGAUGCUGAGAUGACAGAUCUGAUCCUGAAGCUCGCAGCAGCACGCACAAGAUCGGGGCAAGCCAAGGUUAGGAUUCUUGGUCUCUCGAAUAUUGCCAAAGACCACUUCAUCGGCAUUCAAAAGAUCCAAUUCCCGUGGCAUCUCUUUGAUCGCAUCUUUACUUCCUGCGACACGGGAAUGCGCAAGCCAGACUUGUGCAUCUACCAGCACCUGAUCAAGGAGACUGGGAUCGACCCUGCUCGGACUAUUUUCCUUGAUGACCGUGUUGAGAACAUUUUUGCGGCUCGUAGUCUCGGUUUGAGAGGCGAGGUGGUCGGUCGUCUGGGACCCGAAAGGUCGCAGUUAGUUCGUCUUCUUACGAACCUCUUACUGCCUGACGACACUAUAAUUCGCGCCGAGGGGUUCUUGAGGUCCCGAGCGGGUAACCACCUCUCUGAGUUCGAAGGGAAGGACGUGUCUUUCCGCGACAACUUUUCGCAGCUUCUUCUAUGGGAGCUCACGGGAAUGGAAGAGCUUGUGUAUCUCACCUGGCCAAGCCGUCCAUCACCUGAGGUAUCUUCAGCUUCGUCACCGGUCGAUACCAUUUCCAAUCCAGACUCCGCCGUGGAGCUACUCCUAGACGAGAGCCCCUCUAGCUCGUCCCAAAAAGUUAAACCCGCCACCACCUCGUCCCCGUUCUGGAAUUACUUCUCCUCCCAACCAGUCCUCACAACCAACACGUUCCCCGCCGACGCAGAUACCACGUCGAUCGCUUACCUCAGCCUGCCAGAACAGCACCUCUCUUCGGUGGUGCCGCCAUCAGAAGCCAUGGCCGCCAUGGCAGCCAACACGAGCGCCGAUGGUAUCAUCCAAGUCUACUUUAGCUCUUCCCGUCCGCACACCUGCCCUGUAGUCUGCGUUAAUGUCCUUCGGUUCUUUAACAAGUUUUCUUCUACUCCCGUUGAAACCGACGAUCGCCUCAAGCCCACUGUUGACUUUGUCAUCAACUCGCUUGCUAACAGGGCGUAUGUUCACGGCAGCAGGUACUACGUCCCAGAGGCGUUUUUGUAUUUUGCCGCGCUGUUCUACAAUGAGUGCAAGGGGAGUUCACCUGGUUUGUGGGGGAGGUUGGAUGAGCAUAUGAAGGGGGCUUUGUUGGAAAGGUUGAGGGUAUCGGCUGCGGGGAAUACGGCUGCGCUGGCGAUGAGGGUGAGGGCUUGCCAGGUUGUUGGGUUGGGGAGGGAGGUGGCGAGGGGGGAUUUUGAGGAACUGUUGGGGUUGCAGAGGGGGGAGGAUGGGGGGUGGCCGGCAGGGUGGUUUUGCAGGAUGGGGAGGACGGGGGAUGCGAUUGGGAAUAGGGGGUUGACUACGGGGAUGGUUUGGAGGGUUUUGAGGGAUUGGUCGUGA